GUUUGGCGCGAGAGAACCGUGAGACCCGUCGUCUAACGCGGACGUGUUUCUGCGUAUGUGUUUACUUGGCUAACGUUGCCAUGACAUCCCCUACAAGUUUGGUCGGUGAUUUCUAUUGGAGAGGCAGUUUCUGCCUAUCUUCAUUACUGUACUGUCUAUGACUGUAAUGUUGCUCUGAAAUUCAACAGCGGAACUCAUGCAUUGAGGAAAUUGGUCCAUCAACGGGCAGUAAAUACAGUGACACCGUGUCACAACGUGCUCAUGAAAAUCAGAUACCGUCUAUUUUGCCAGCUGGGUGUAGUUGCAGGAAGUUGCCAUGGAGAGUCUGGGGGAGAAGUUCAAAGCUCUGUCAAUCACUCGGCGUGUCCAGCCAGAUGAGCCCACCUACCUGCUGGACCUGUCCCACCAGCCUGUCUCGGGCCCAGGGUUGGUGGCCGUAUGCUGCUCCAACCUCUCCAUCCGUUUGCACAGUGAGGACAGCCUCAGCCUGCUCAGGGAGUACCAGGGACAUAGUGGUGCAAUCUGUGGGGUGUGCUUUGCCCACACCUCCCCUGACCUGCUCUUCUCAGGUUCUGCUGAUGGGACAGUGAGGACGUGGGAUGUCCGCUGCCCAGGUUCAGAGGCAGCACAGGUGUUCAGGAGUGACUCCUCCCACCACUUCUGCAGCUUUGAUGUGAGCUGCAGCGAUGUGGUCCUAUGUGCAGGCACUGAGCAGGUCGAUGAAGAUGAUAGCUUCUUGGUUUUCUGGGAUGCCCGCAUGGCAAAGGAGAAGGGAGGGGUUCUGGGUGUGUACUCUGAGUCCCACAGUGAUGAUAUCACGCAGGUGCGUUUCCACCCCCGGAAUGCCGACCACUUGGCGUCUGGCUCCACUGAUGGCCUGGUGAAUGUGUUUGACCUGAGCCUUGGUGCAGAGGAGGAGGCCCUGCUGGCCACCUGUAACUGUGGCUCCUCUGCUAGCUCAGUGUGCUGGGCAGGGAAGGACUUCAACCAGCUGCUGUGCCUCAGCCACGACGAGGGCCUCCAUCUGUGGGACCUGGGUCAGUUGGACACAGACAAGCCCCUCACACUCUUCAGUGCCGCUGACGCCCGCAGCCUGACCCCUCUCUCUAAUGAAGUGGCCCUGGAUUACUUUGUUGGCGGGACUUGGCUGGAGGAGGCAGGGCGCUUACUAGUGCUAGGUGGGACAAACAAUGGAGACAUCCACCUUCUGGAGUGCAGUGAGGAAGGCCUGUGUCUGCUGAGGUCCCUCCAAGGGGGCCACUCUUCCACAGUGCGCUGCUUCCUCUGGGAUCCCGCAGGGGAGGCCCUGCUCACGGGAGGGGAGGAUGCACAGCUGCUCUUGUGGAAGCCAGGGGCGGAGGAAUUCACCUCAGGGAAGAGGGACACCCUGAAGAGUGCCUCUGCAUUAAAACUCAAAUCUAGAUCACACAAGAAGCAUGGCUCCAAGAGGGAUAAGAAGCUAGAAGUGUGAGUCGGAUGCAAUAGAGGGUUCUCAAAGAAGGGCAAGACUGCAGUCCCUAUUUAAUCAAUCAAUAUUCCUCUUGCACUCACAGUACUCAUUUGGAUUCAUGAAAUCAACACAAUUAUAUUUUUUCUUUCUUGAAAGUAGUAUUAUACUUAUCCCAGAAACGGAUUAAUAAUCUCUUUAACCGCUAGGGCUUAAAAUGAGAUUGAAUCGCAGUAUUGUUUUUCAAAUGUUUCUCCCAACUUGUUUGGUAUUUUGUUUAGCUAAAACCAACUGGUAUUUCUUUAGAAAUAUAAUUCUAGUUGAUCUAAUGGAUGCUCUCCUGUAAUUUAACUAACAUACUCAGUGGGUCACAAAGGCCAGGGUUCAGAACCAGAGCAUUCAGUACUUCAUCAUACUCAUCAUACUUAUUUAGAGGAGCAGCUUUAAUUCCACUCAAAUGGCACAGAGUGGAAUAACAUGACAGUUGCAAUGCAGGGACUCUGCUGCAUAUGUCAACCUGGUCUAAGAGCAUUUCACAUAAUUCUGUAUGUAAAUCUAAGACACCAUUUACUACGAUUAUGCUAAGUUUCGUAUGAUAUGUAUUCAUUUGUGCAUGUCCAUCACCCAUUUUGUAUGAUAUGUUACGAAUAUGCUGAACGUACAAUAUUUGACAAAUUUGCAAAACAAAUGCUAUGUUACAAAUUCUAGCUAGGUGUUUAACAGAAACUAGCUGGCUAAUGUUCGCAAGACUAGGGGUUAAGGUUCAAAAUCAAAUCUAAUUUUAUUUGUCACAUGCUGAAUAGAACAGGUGUAGGCCUUACAGUGAAAUGCUUACUUAUAAGCCCUUAACCAACAAUGCAGUUGGUUAAAAAUACCAAAAGAAAUAAAAUACCAAAAGAAAUAAAAGUAACAAAUAAUUAAAGAACAGCAGUAAAAUAACAAGGUUAAGAGCCCAUGAAACGGCAGCCAUCCUCUCCGGCACCAUCCUCUCUGGUUAGUUAAGAUUUGGAGUUAGGUUGACCCUCUAAGGUCGAUGUCUGGGCCCCACGGAAAUCAAAUUAGCAUAAUGAACACCCCCCCCCAAAAAAAAUCUGUCAGUUUCAGCUAGAGAAUGCAUCUGCUUCUGUCGCACUUCCGCAUCUGCUGUGACAGAGCUAGAGCGGUGUUUAUCAGACCAUGAGACAACCUGAAAAUCGUCUGUAGGGUCCGAAAGGUUUGGCCUACAUACUAUUAUGACCCCUCUAUGGAAAGAUAAGACUCUCACAAACACGUACAUUGUUUUGCUCUAGGACGCGUUGUUUGCCCACAGGCCUCACAAGACUCGUCAGAAGGUCCCCCGGUACAAGUUGAAAAAAUGAAUGGAGACUGUUUUAGUGCCAAAAAAUAAGGGGUUCAAUACAUGUUAAAAUAAAAAAUUCCUGAUAUUUUUUUUUUUAUA